AUGGUGAUUGCUGGUUCAUCUGGGCCAUCGCCAGAGCGCGCUGCCGCCUGGUCGGCUGUGGUCGCCCAGCCUCAGGCGGGGCCAGGAAAGGCGACCAUGCCGUCGAAGCCCCCUGUACCGCCGGCUCCGACGCCCGCGACAACAGUCGCUGAAAGGACUCUUCCCCACGCACCCGCGGAUCCCCUUGCCGUGUCGGGGGCUGGCCCGUCUGUUCCUGCUGCUGCUCCGUCCGCUCCGCCGGCAGCUCCUGUUCCCCUGGCUCUCUUCGUCAAGCCGUCGGUGCCUGCUCCUGCUGGGGGUUUUGCUGAUCCCCCGGUUCUUGUCCCUGGCGCGCCCAUUGCACCGCCUGCUUCUGUCUCCGACGCGCCUGUUCCGGCUUCUGUUUCGUCGCCAAAGGCGGCGUCCGCCACCACUGGCGGCCCGGCUCCGUCGGUUGCGCCCUCAGCGGCGGGGCAAUCCGCGCCUGCUGUGGCGCCGGUGGCCCCGGCAGGUCAGUUGUCACGCCUCCCGUCACCUGACCGCCGCCCGUCUCGCCCUCAUUCCCCCGCACCCCACCAGGAUCGCAAGUCAUCUCGUCGCCGUCGUGAUUCUCCACGGCGUUACCAGCAACCGUCUCACUGGCCUGCUCACCCCGGUGGUCAGGGGGACUGGAGGGGUCCCCGCGGGCGCGGUGGUGGUGGGGGGUACCGCCCGCCGGUGACGAUGGCAGAUCUUCAGCGGGAAGUGUCGAGGGCGGUACGCGAGGAGAGGGCGUCGCAGAGCCAGAGCAGUUCGAUGCGCGCCUCGCCGGCCCAAGAGGCUCCCCGCCAGCCUGUGCUCCCCUUGAGUCCACCGCCUGUCGCUGCACCCCCUCCUCAGGUUCACAUCCCAACGGCUCCUGCUCCCGCUGCGUUGGCGCCCGCCCCUGGAGAGCGUCUUCGCUUGCCGCCGGUUCCGCCUGUUGCGGGGCGUGACACUUGCCUGGACGCGGCAGACCAGCUCGCGGUGCUCCUGGCGCCCGUGCUGGCUGCGCCCGCGGAGGGUGGCGUUGCUGCCGCGGGGCAGCUUGACGAGGCUGUCCGGGGCUUGAGGCGGCACUUGCGCGCAGGAUCUGGAGCCGCGGCGAUCGGCGCAAGCCCGCUUGUGGUCCGGGAGUUGUGGCGCUCCCUGACGGGCGUUCUUCACGCCCUUGGAGCUCACCGCAUGUAG